GGUACCUUAUCAAUGAGAUGGAGUUCCAAUCCAGGCUUAAAUAAUGCAGCACCAUGGAAGAAGCGUCGACCUCAGUCGCAGGCUGGGCAUGGCUUCCGGACGACAUUCUGGGUUUGAUACUAGAAAAGUUGAUACCCAUCUCUGACUAUAUCCGGUUUAGUGCAGUUUGCAAGCAUUGGAAAUCAGUUGCGUUACAUCACAAGCAGCAUCGCCUCGUCAAAUCACGUCACAACCAGCUUCCAAUGCUGAUGGUUCCGACUAAGGACAGCAGCAACAAAAGGCGUUCCCUGUAUAGCGUCACACGAGGUAAGACUUACGGCUUUGAGUUGCAUGUGCCCUAUAGUAAGAGGUGCUGCGGUUCUUCCCACGGUUGGUUGGCCUGUGUCGAUGACAAUUUGGUAGUAACCCUCUUAAACCCUUUUACCGGGCGUACCAUUAGCCUUCCUCCCGUCCCCGUAUCCGCGUCUAGAGCAAGGGCUGCUUUUAGAUGUGAUUACUACAUUAACAAGGUUGUAUUAUCUGCUAACCCUUCAUUGUUUCCAAAUGAUUAUGAAGCUGUGGUCAUCUAUGAUGGUUACGGAAAACGAAUAGCACAUAUUAAGUCAGGGGAUGAAGCUUGGACUUGCAUAGAUCAAGUGAUCGGAUUCGAUGAUGUGAUUUAUUACAAGGGUCAGUUUCUUGCUGUUAGUUUGGAUGGCAGUGUUUUUUCGAUUAAUGUUAGUAGUGACCAAACUGCUAAACCCCAUGUAAGCGUUGUUGUACCGAUGUCUCCUGGUACUGAUAACAAAACAUGCCUAGCCGAAUCGUCCCGGGGAGAUCUAUUGCUGAUUAGGAAGUUCCGAAGAUUGAAUUAUUGUAAGCGCUUUAUGAAGUCUUUGAGCUUCAAGUUUUUCAAGUUUGAAAAGCUGGAGUUUGAACAAGUAAAUGGUUAUGAUCGUUUUACGGAGACUCUGAGCUUCAAGGUUUUUAAGCUGUUCUCUUCUUAUGAGGAUAGACCCCAAUGGGUUGAGGUUGAGAGUAUCGGAAACGAUGCUUUGUUUUUGGGUACAAAUCAAUCGAUGUGUGUCUCUGCCUCGGACUUUCAAGGGUGUCGGCCAAAUUCCAUAUACUUCACCGAUGAUUGUGUUGAUGUUGCUUGUCAUAAACCUAAAGGGCCUCAUGACAUGGGUGUCUUCGACAUAGAAAACAAAAGCAUGGGAAGGCAUUACUGCUUGGAUCGUUCACAGAAGCACAUGCCGCCAGCAAUUUGGAUUUUGCCCACCAUGGUGUGA